AUGAGCAUACCCACAAAUACGAAAAAGGAGGGAACUAGCGGCGCGUCCACGGGCGCACGACUAGGAAGGGAGGGGCUGGGAGGGGCGAAAUCUUCGUCUUCUCCCGACCUUUUGAGCCAGGACGUCUCACCCGCUGAAGGGAGAGACGCUACUAAACACAUAAGAGGACCUUCCACCGGGGCCGGCGGGCUGGAGCUUUUCAGCCCGUCCGGCUCCCUGGGGAGUCCCAAAAAGAAGGAGAUACGGAAGCUACAAAUCACCCUCGAGGACUUUAUGCUCAAGGGUGGAAAGGCUAGCUCCGCGGGCUCGAGGCCGGGCCCGGCCUGUAGUAAGGGGAAUAAACCCAGUAAAUGCGGGCCGGAUGCCACUGGUAUCAAGCCGGGUAGUGCUCUCGGGCCUCUUGGCCCGGAAUCGGACGGGGGAAAAAAAGGGCCCACAAUAAGACCUCGACUACAAGGUACUACAUCACCUCCUCCUCUUCGGAGUGCUUCUGAUGAAGGACCUCCAAAAAAGGGUCGUGGCAGGCCUGCCAAAGACCCCUCUCACGAGGGGCAAUUUACUGCGCAGGCCCUGGCCAAAAAAGCAGAGGCAGAAAAAGCAAAAAAGCUAAUAAGGGAUCACAAAGCCAUCCUCAACCCUGAGGUUGAGCCCUCCUCUGAGCGCGCUGCAAGGGCAAAAAACGAUGCCCUGGAGCGCGCCGAGGAACUGGAGGCGCAACCCAUGGCUGCUGUUGCAGCAGUCAUGACGGAAAGCCUGGGCAUGAUGGCCAAGUCAGUGGAGAGGUCCAAUAAUAUUCAGGGACCGAUCCGCAAGGACCUCUGGCGGGCCUAUACUGACCUUACGGCCGGUUUGACGGCCAUCAUGUCCAGAAACGGGGAGGACAACGAGGCGCGACAGCGCCGAGAAGAAAGUGCGGCCCUGGCCAAAGCCAGAGCCAAAUGGACGGCUGAGAAGCGCAAACUCGAAGCGGAGCUCGGACAGCUCCGCGUUCGAGUGGCGCUUCUCGAGCGAAAACCUCCCACGGGUACAGACGUAGAGGGUCAAACCGACGUCGAGACCCAGACGGACCUCGACGAGGAUGUCUCGAGGGCCCUGGUGGGAUCUCUGCCCCCUGCACGUCGGGUCCAACUGUGGGCCUGGACAUGGGGGUCGAGGAGCCUCCCGCCUGGAACCCCCUCAAACGGUGGGCGGCACGACCAUGCGACCCAAAACAGGGCCGAGGGUCGUGUCCGUCAAAACCCUUAA